GAGAUCCUGAUGGGUGGUUAUUAGAUCCACAAAGCUAUGAGUCGUGGUCAGAACAAAGAAGCGCAAUACUAUGUAGAACCUCUUUAUGAGCAUGAAAAAUAUCAAACUGACCUUGGCUAGGAAAAGCCUGUGUUGGAGGCUCAAUGAGAUGUUGUCAAGACUGAUCGCCCCUUUGAGGAUGUUCGGCUUCGAGUUCCUUUCUCGAUUUCUUCACCUUAGGGGAGUUUUGCAUGAUGAGAGACCAUGUCAACUGAAUCUUGUUGGUUGCUUGAUUUCAAGAACUUCAUGAACAUACCUCUAUAACUGCAUUGGGAGACGCAUCAAAAUUUGCUGGAGAUGAUUUUUUUAUGUUGAUGGUUUUUGGAGGUCAAGAGCUCUAUUGUUACCUAUUGUAAAGGCGUGUCUGCCGCCUUUCUUUAUCUUUAGUGGUGUGGUUCAGUUCCUUUGAAUUUAUGAGCUUCGAGAGUGCGUUUCCAACUUAGAUUUUGGUUGGUUCUUAGCUGGUGUUGAGAUGGGGAUUGAAAAGUAGAAAUAGGGUGCUUUUAGAUUGUUGUUCACUGAUCUAAAUAGUUACUUGCAAGAUGCAGCAAUAUAGAGAUGGAGAUGAAAUUGAGAGCUUCCGUGCAACCACUCUAUACCUUUAUUGUUCAUGUACUUCCUACUUUGUUUGAUCAGAUACUUCCAUCUACCCAUGCCAGAGUCUUGCUUGCUUAUGUACUGUUAGACUGGACCUUAUUGGAAUUUGGAAUCCAUUGUUGCAGAAGGUAAUUACACCAGGAUGCAUGGCCC